GUUCUUGGCAACUCAACAUACGAUGGCUUCCCAAAGCUCGGCAGCACACAACUGCCUCGAAAUCAUCAUCGUCGGUAGUAAUGCCACAUGCGGACUGGUGAACGAUGGUAAAGGAGAACCCAGCAUCAGCAUCCAACCAGAAAAUGGAUCAGUCAUCGAUGUCUUCCUUACCAAGUUGGACGAAUUCAGACGAGAAAAAGCUCUCUCUGAACGAAACGAGCUUCUCGCUCAAGUCACUCGUCUGAACGAGCAGAUUAGGCUUCUCAAAGUCACGCACGAAUCAGAGUUGCUCCUGUCCAAGAUCGAAAGACAAACAGCAGUCGAGGAAGCAACUGAACUUCGAGCUGCGCUCAACACUGGGGGGUACUUGCCCGACGACAACCCCCUCUCUACUGAGGCGAAUGCUGUCAAAGCCAGCGCUAAGGUACGCGCAGAGUUGAGAGCCCUCGCAGAAGAGAACAUGCAACUAGCUCGGAAGCUCGCGCGGUUCGUACUUGGAGAGGAGCAGAUUGAUGACGACGAAGGGAAAGCUCCGAACUGACGAUUCUUCUAACGAGCGAAGUCCGUUAUUGGAGGAGUAGAUAUCGUCAUGGUGGGCAUGGGGUAUUGUGUUCUUCGGUCCUGGUGAGAAGUUUGUUGUGGGAGGAGUGAACAUUGUCAUUUUUCAUUUUGCGUUUGCUUUUGGCGUGGGAGAAGUCUGAUUAUCCCAUAGCCAUUAUCGAAA